AUGGGCUUCGGAUCAUCCGACGGCAAUGAGUUCUUCCAGAGCUGGGCCUUGUGGCAGAAGAUGACUUUCGUACUGGCUUGCGCAAUUGUCCUCACAAUCUUUCUUGGCCUGCUCAAGCUAUGGUAUGACAAGAACAAGGUCCGCAAGUACAGCAAGGUCGAGAAGGGCAAACGCGCGGCGACUCCCGAGAUGCUCGAGGCGCAGCCAGUAACCCAUGUCCAAGAAGAGACCAAGGACGAGAUUCCCUUUGGUAUUCGCGCCAUUCAGAGCGGUAUCGAGGUUGACGGUGUCUGGAUCUCUCGCACCAACACUCCUGUUGGCAGUAGCCGUGCUUCCAUCAUGAGCGAAAAGCUGCCCCGUAGCUUCAACAACUCCCAGCUCGAGUUGCCCCAGCCAGUCGCCCAGGGUUCCAGCCGCAACAGCUCUCGUGCCCCCAGCUCCUUCGACCGCGCCGUUUCCGCUGAGCCUCUCCCAAGCCAUGACUCCCGCGCCUCCUCCCCUGGCCGUGGACACAACCACGAAGGUCCCCGCUGCAGCAAUUGCAACCACCACGUCUCCCGGAACACUGCUACCCUCAACGCCUUGGAAUCUCCCGCUUCUACUCGCAACUCUGCUGCUCCUUCUCCUCCCCUCAACGCCAAACACGGCCAGUCUUCAAGCUCCUCAAGCAAUCGCACCAGCGAUGAGUCCGACUACAUGCAAAUGGGUCAAGAUGUCCGCGCAUACGAGACUGCAUACUUCAGGCCCAACCAACCUAUUGACCCUAAGACCGACCUCGAACUCCUCCGCAGCCACCGUCUUUCUCAUGUCGCUGAAACUGGACAGCUCACUCCCAGAGUGCGCAAGCCAGGUAAUAGCGGAGAGUGGGCCAGCGUGGCAGACAACCAAGUUUCUUCGGUCAACGGUGUUAACUAUUUCAUGCCCCAGAAGUCACCCUCUCCUCCGCUAGCCACUGUUGCCGACCAGUACGAAGAUGUCGCUCUAUCAGCCUCUGCAGGUCCCAGUCACGACGGCAGCGCAGCGAACCAGGCUAGGCAGGCAGUUCCUUUGACCGAGUCUUACGCACCUGGCGCGCCAUACUACCCCGACACCUACGAGCCUCGUGGCCCUCAACACCAGUACAGCUACGAUCAAGUGCCGUACGAGGUGAACACGGAGCAGAACCAGGAUCGCGAUGAUCAUGUCUUACGCAGUGUCAACUCUGGCUUCCAAGUCCUAAAGCCAGGCACCUUCCAGCCGCCCACACCCGAGGAGAUUGACCUUGCUGAGCGGAGAACUUCCAAGAAGCUCCAGAAGAAGAGGAGAACAUCCGGUGACUCGCGCAAGUCAGCCUUCACCGAACAGGUCUAA